AUGAUGUUUCUGAUAGUAUUCCAACCAUUUAUCGCUUUCGUCUCCAGUAAACCUUUAAAUCUACUGGAUGGUGGCUCAUUUCGGCCAGUUUCACCGAAUUACUGUAAUAACAGCACCAUUAUGUUGGAAUCCGGACUUAUUAGAGCGAAUAUGGGACAAUUCCUCGGUUAUGAGUGUAGCUCCGAGUUCUUUCAAUGUCGCUGGGAAAGUGAUGGAUUUAGAACGUAUCGAAAACGCUGCACUGCAGGUCCCACUUCGUGUAACUCAACUUCAUUCCACUGUUCGCAGUCCGAACAAUGCGUUCCGCUUUCGAAGAGAUGUGACGGUCGCUACGAUUGCUCACUAGAGGAGGAUGAGCAGAACUGCCUGUGCGGGAACGGUUUGUUCCACUGUGCGAAAAGCGACGAAUGCAUUCCGAAAGAACAGCGCUGCGAUGGAAUCCGACAGUGCCCUCAUGGAGAGGACGAGUUGCUCUGCAAAAGAAGAGCUGCAAAUCGUAGGUUCACAUGCCUUUCACUGGGAGAAUACAUUCCGAUGACACAGGUUUGUGAUGGAGUUCCACAGUGUAACGAUAGCUCGGACGAGUUAUACUGUAAUAUAGGAAUAGGAAUUGCUCAACCUCCUGUUUCAACAAUGUAUGGAGAAUCAACGACUAAUAUUGUUACCAGUGGUACUGUCCAAUUUUCCACGUCAACUGCUCGUCCAUCAACAAUGUUGAACACAUCAAAGGUUGGGCGUGUGACUUCACUGAAGCCGAAGCCUACAGCAGAAGUCACUGAUGGGAAAUCCAAACACUACAUGAUUACUCCUGAUGAAAAUGGCAAAGAAAAGGAAGUCGCCAAAGUGCUUGAGGAAGUGAUAGUCGAUAUGCGUAAGGUUCGAUGA